AUGGAGACAUCAAUUUUUGAUGAUGUUGAAACCAGAAUAGACAACAAUGAAAUUAUUGCUCAACAGCAUGCUGAAGAUCUAUUUGAGCUUUACUUGAAAAUUCAAAAUGCUGAAAAGGACAGUGUUAUUGAUAUCAGAAAAGAGGCAAGCGCCGAUCAUGAAGAGAUGUUAUGUGAGCUUCGCAAUGAUUUGAGCCAAGUCAUGAAAAUGGGAAUGGUGAAUCUUUCAAUGCAAAUUAUUGCUCAAGAGAGAAACAACCGCAGAAAAGUUAAUCAGCAUAUUAUCAACAUAAAAUCGAAGACAGAAGAAAUUGACAAGUUUUUCCAGCGAGCAAUUUCUGUGCUUGGUGCACCGCCAGGCUAUCCUGCGAAAAAGGAAGAAAAAGCGAAAACUAAGAACUAUUUGAUCCAGUUUGGAGAAGUUCUUCUUUCAAUUAGUACGAUGGUCACUAAUCUGGAGCAAAGCUUGGCUUGUUACGAACUAAAAGAGGUUUUGAUGAAUGGCAUGAUCAGCCAAAUCCGAACUCAAAUAUCCGAUUUCAACAAAGUGAUUCCGAAUUUCAAACGGAUCCUAAACAGUGAAAAUCAGGAAAUUGAUCCAGAUAAUUAUGAAAAAUUUGUGGAUAUGAAAAAACGAUUAUUCGCAAUGGUUAAUUGUUUGCAUUUGAUUUCCGAAAAACGCGGAGAAAUGAACCGAUUGAUUGAAGAAAAAAUGAAUCUGUCAAUGCCACAAUUUCAAAAUCUCCAAAUCAGCAAUGGGACUUGAUUAUUU